UGCUGAUCUAUUUGGGAAGUUGGCUGGCUGGCGAGGCAGAACCUCUCCUCAAAGCCUGGCUCCCACGGAAAAUAUGCUCAGUGCAGCCGCGUGCGUGAAUGAGAACGCCGCCGGGCGCUUCUAGUCGGGAAAAUGCAGCCGGCCACUCCGCUCGUCCUGUGCGUUCUGCUGUCCCAGGUGCUGCUGCUCACAUCUGCCCACGAGUCGGACUGCACUCCCGGGUUUCAGCCGAAAGUGUUUCGCAUCGAGCAGCCUGCCGAGUUCAUCGAGGGCCAGUCCAUUCUGAACCUGACCUUCAGCGACUGCAAGGGGAAUGACAAGCUGCGCUAUGAGGUCUCAAGCCCGUACUUCAAGGUGAACACGGAUGGUGCCCUGUUUGCCCUGAGGAAUGUCACUGCUGUGGGCAGGACCCUGUUUGUCCAUGCGAGGACACCUCAUGCGGAAGACAUGGCAGAACUCGUGAUUGUCGGGGGCCAGGACAUCCAGGACUCCUUGCAGGAUAUAUUUAAAGUUGCAAGAACUUCUCCAGUCCCAAGACAAAAGAGAUCCAUUGUGGUAUCUCCAAUUUUAAUUCCAGAGAGCCAGAGACAGCCUUUCCCCAGAGAUGUUGGCAAGGUCUGA